UCAGCAGAAUUCUGCCGCAUUGACAAACCCUUGUGCCACGAUGAAGACGAGCAGCUCAGCUUCGAAGCCGUCCGCAACAUCCACAAGCAGAUGGACGAUGAUGCCAAUGGCAACGUGGACGUAGAGGAGAGCGACGAGUUCUUGAGGGAGGACUUGAAUUAUCAUGACCCAACAGUCAAGCACAGCACCUUCCAUGGAGAAGACAAGCUCAUUAGCGUGGAAGACCUCUGGAAGGCCUGGAAGACAUCUGAAGUGUAUAAUUGGACAGUUGACGAGGUGGUUCAGUGGCUCAUUACCUACGUAGAGCUGCCACAGUACGAAGAGACCUUCAGAAAGUUGCAGCUGAGUGGACAUGCCAUGCCCAGGCUAGCAGUGAACAACGCUACCAUGAUGGGAAGUGUUCUGAAAAUGACAGAUCGAAGCCACAGGCAGAAGCUGCAGCUGAAAGCUCUGGACACGGUGCUGUUUGGGCCUCCUCUCUUAACUCGUCACAACCACCUGAAGGACUUCAUGCUGGUGGUGUCCAUCGUCAUCGGCGUGGGUGGCUGCUGGUUUGCCUACAUCCAGAAUCGCUAUUCAAAGGAGCACAUGAAGAAGAUGAUGAAAGACCUCGAGGGACUCCACAGAGCUGAACAGUCUCUCCAUGACCUUCAAGAAAGACUGCAGAAGGCUCAGGAGGAGCAUCGCUCUGUGGAGGUGGAAAAGGUGCACCUGGAGAAGAAACUUCAAGAUGAGAUCAGCAUUGCCAAGCAGGAGGCACACCGGCUCCGAGAACUGCGGGAGGGCACAGAGAAUGAACUGAGCAGGCAGAAAUACGCUGAGCAAGAACUGGAGCAGGUAAGGGUUCAGCCAGAUGGAUGCGCUUACAUACGAGACGCGCCAAAGGAGCUGGAGUCCCACUGCAGCUGGGCUGCGCCCGAGGCCCUGCAGAAGUGGCUCCAGCUGACCCACGAGGUGGAGGUCCAGUACUACAACAUCAAGAAACAGAAUGCGGAGAAGCAGCUGCUGGUGGCCAAGGAAGGGGCUGAAAAAAUUAAAAAGAAGCGAAACACCCUGUUUGGAACAUUUCAUGUUGCUCACAGCUCAUCUCUAGAUGAUGUUGAUCAUAAAAUCUUAACUGCAAAGCAAGCGCUGAGCGAAGUGACGGCUGCGCUGCGGGAGCGCCUGCAUCGCUGGCAGCAGAUAGAGCUGCUCUGCGGCUUCCAGAUCGUCAACAACCCGGGCAUCCACACCCUGGCAUCAGCCCUUAAUGUGGACCCCAGCUGGAUGGGCACCCAGCGGCCUAACCCCUCGCACUUCAUCAUGACUGAUGACGUGGACGAUUUGGACGAAGAGAUUGUGUCUCCCAUGUCCAUACAAUCUCCCGCCUUGCCCAGCACAGUUCGCCAGCGCCUGGUGGACCCACAGCAUGCCCACGGAUCUCAGAGGUUGGUAGAGAGUUAUGUGCAAGGCCAGAAUGAGUCGGGCCAACCUGCCCAUUACCGGGCAGGCAGAGUGUCUCUCCGUCGAAUGCACAGCCUCUCCUCUGGACAGUCUUUCAGUUCCGACCUUCCCGGCACCAGCCCACCAUCUGCUGCCACCACCACCUCUUCCACCUCUUGCUCCUCAUCCACCACCACUGCAUCUGCUCCUGCUUGCCAUGUCCACCCUAUCUAUUACCAUCACACCACCUCCUCUUAUUUCCUUCAGAUGGACUCCAUCCCUGAUCUACCCCCUCCUGAUGUCACCUCUGGAGUUCGCUGUCGCACUGAGAGCUUUGGGUAUAUUGCUGUUUCCUUUCUAGCUCCCUCUUGCCUGCUGUGUCUCAGAGCUGAUGCUUGCUCGGGUGCUCUUUCUCCUAGAUUCCCUGUGCCCUUUCCUUUUGGGCCUUUAUUUCACGAUUUAUCCACAUGUUUGUUUCUUCAACCGCUCUCCUGUGCCAGUGGACCCUCUAAGGAGUGCUCCAUGGUCCAUUCCCAUAUCUGUGAACUCAGUGGGUGCCUAAACCAACGAGGUGCUGUUGUUUAACUGUAGCUAAACAAAUGAGAAUUCCUGGGCACGCGGUUAUCGCUAAAUAAGUCAGUCUUUCACUUGGGUGAUGCACCUGUGAGAACAAAGGUAACACAACUAAUCAAACAAACACUGACCUUAUUUGAAGCCUUGACUUAUUUGGGGUCUUCACAAGCG